UUGCAGCAUGCAUGUCGCCGCUCGCGAGGGGACGGGAGAACGACGUCGAUAUUAUUAGUGCUUGACAAAAUGAGACGGAGUCAUUUGCAUUGUCAAAUGCAGAUUCGAAGUGAAGUGCUUUUGUUCAAGGCUCCGUUCGCGGGAAGAACGCUUCGUGGGGGUUCAGCUUGCCUGAAUGCAGAGCCGCGCGGGGCUGUGUUCGAUGGCAAUAUGUCUCCUCUAGAGUGUUGAAUCUGAUUGUACCUAUCCAAGAAGCUGCACCGCGGGCAUGGAGAGCGCCUGGGUUAACCAAUCGUAUGCUCAAGGCAUGGCGGACCAAUGGUGGUCGCACUAUGGAGAUGGCGCUCAGACGCCCAUCUUCCAAGCUUGGGAAGCAGCCUAUAGCUUUCCUGCUUUUCUUACCACCCUUCCCCCUCCUCCCCCUCCUCCCCCUCACCUAACAGUGCCUCUUCCCCCCUCUCCACCUUCAGCGGUCCAACCUUCGGCAUCCCAACCAUUGGAGAAUGGAAAAAGCAUUCGGCAACUCCGGAGAAUGAGACAACGUGCUGCACAAGUCCAGCGAGCGCAGCUGCAGCAAGCAGCGAGUCAGUCAGGCGUGCCGAAAGGCGUUGGGGUGAAGAGAGCACGAGAGGCAUUCCCGGCAGAUCGGAAGGUGGGCCCAUUUCAAAGGGCCUUAGAGCGGGGCAGGGAGGAGCAGAGGAGAGGGAAGAAGCAGCGGUUGGAAGCACUGCCUCUGACAAAGAAGGCACUGCCUGAAAAGGGUGCGAGAAGAGUUGCUCUCAAGGGUGCUAAGGCAACCAGAGUGGCGGGCACACCAACACCUUCAACGUCGUCGCCACAUUUGCUUGCGGAAAGCGGCUUUGUGACAGACAACAAAGCAGCAAGGGUAGACAACGAACCAGCAAGGGUAGGGGGUGUGGCCACCAAGCCUUGUCUAUCCGAAGGGAGGUGUGUGGGGGAGGCGUUGGAGCUGCAAGCGAAAAAGGUGAAGUGGCGCUCAAGAUGGGACCAGAAAGGAGAGGCGGACGCCCCAAGGCGGGAGGAUCAGAGUCUGGGCCUUGAAGUGCAAGACGGGACAGUGUUGUUGGAGAAGCAAACGGGUCAGGCUGGUGGCUCGAAGUCUGCCAACAAGCGGGCGAAAGAAGGGCCGAGUGGAGAAAUGGAAGCAUUGAAGCGGGGAAAUCAGAGUCUGCUAUCCAAACUGCAGAACGCGGUGGUCGAAAAACAGAAGGCAUACAUUGCUGAAUUGGAGUGGAGGUCCACUCAGGCAUGGGUGAACCAGGAGCAGAGAGCGGUGAUUGACAGGUGCCAGUGGGCGGAGUCAGAAAUGCAGGCGAUGAAGACGCUGUGCGACAGUCUGAGCGGGGAGAGGGACCGGUUGCAGCGGCAGGUGCAUGCAUCUCAAGAGGAGCUUGAAGCUGCAAAGGCGGCUUCCAAAGCAGAACUUGAGGCUGCCAAGGUUGAGUGCGAAGCUGACCUGGAGGCGGUCAAGGCUGCUUACAAGAGGCAGAUUGAAGCGGCGAAAGGCGAAACUGCUGCGGCAAACAAGCUGCUGGCGGUCGCCAAGAACGUGAACGCGCUCAGGCUGAAAACGAGCAAAGUGGAGGCGGAAGCGGCGAAGCGUCUGCGAGAGGAGAGCGAAGAAGCGCUCAAGCUGCAGAAGAAGGCGUGUGCGGAGAUGAGCGACGCACUGGCGGCUCUGCAGGAGCGUGACGCUGAUGUCAGCGCCCGGCUCGGCGUGAUUGGAGCCAAGCUGGGGAUUCAGUCAGCGAGACCGGAGGACAUCCAAGUGGCGGUGGUUUCGUCGCAGUCGGCUUUGGGGUCGGCAAAGGAGAGGGAGAAGGAACUAGAGAGGAGACUUUUCUACAGCGGAAAGGACAGGACGGAUCUGCGCCGAGCGGAGGACAGGGCGAAGCAACUAGAACGGAAGAACCUGGAGCAAGAGAAGAUGCUGCAGGAAGGCAAGGUGCUGUUGGAGGAGAGGCAGCGGCAAGUGCAGGAUCUGAAAGCAGAUCUGAAGGUGGAGAAAGAAAAGGGGAGGCUCCGAGAGGCUGAGUUUCGAAAGGACUUGAGGGAUGCAGAUGCAAGGGUCGCCCGUUUGGAGGCCAGUCAGAAGACUUUCGAACUUGACAAUGGGGCUCGGAGACAGUCCUCGGAGGCACGAAGAGCAAAGAAGGAACUAGAGGAGGGGGAGGUGGCACCGGAGUUGCCAGACAUACUCCAGGACGAGUCCUCUCAAGAGGAGGGGCGGGAGAGUCAGGGGCGCAGCGGGUUUGAAGCUUCUGAGUUCUUGGGGGAAGGAGAACGGGUGGCUGCUGCACAGGCAAAAGAAGGCCGAAACGGUUGGUCUAAAGGCGUUGAGGAGUUAGAAGGAAAGCUUGCAGCCGAGAGACAGCGGGUCACGGAGUUGGAAAAGGACUUGGAGCUAUCGCGGCAGCAAAGGGAAAGUCUGGAGGGAGCGUUACGGGUGGCAGAGGUGGAGCGGUUGGAAGAGUUGAAAGCAAGGGAGGGGGAGUUGUUUGAAGAGGUGCAACAAGAGCGACGGCGGAGGGAGUUUCUUGAGAGAGAGAUGGAGGCGGCAGAGGCGGAUCAGAUGGAAGAGUUGGAAGCAAGGGAAAGAGAGUUGCGAGAGGCGGGGUCGAGGCUACAGCAGAUGGAACAGCAGGUGCAGCACCUCAAAGGGCAGCAGGUGGAAUUGGAGAAGGCUGCGGAUGCAAACCUCUGUCUCUGCUUGGAGAGAGACUCGGACACAGUGGUCGUCCCAUGCGGGCACACUAUGUGCGCGUUUUGUUGGGAGAAGCACGAGAAGAUGCACAAGCCUGCGGCGACAAAGAAGAAGGGGUGUAGUCCCAUUUUGUGUCCUUUAUGUAAAGCCGAAGCUUAUGCGGUUCAGCCAGUGUAUAAAUCGGGCCUCAUAGAAGACAGCGCCAUACUUGUCAGUUGUUGUACAUAAAGAUAGUCAAGUUGGCGAGUUGCUUCCUUGAAGCUGUAAAGGACAUGAAUCUAAACCAUCUCGCAAGACGAAGCUUCAACUGCACGCACUGUACCAAACGACGGAAG